UCCACUCUCUCUCCCUGACUAAAAACAACCUCAACCCCUGCUCUCUUUUACUUCCUUAAACAAUGUCCAGAAUCUUUACUUCCCCUAAAACCCCAACACUAAAAUCCCUUGAUGGCCAUCUCAAAAUCUUCAUUUCAUAUCACACCAUAUUCGCCGUCACACUUUCCCCGAAAAACACCUUUCAAAUUCCCAUCAAAACCAUGUAAAGUCUUUUGUUCCCAAAGCCCGAAUCCACCAUCUUCUCAACCAUCAUCUUUUAAUUUAAUCUCAAUCCUUCGGGUUAUCCCUGAUUGGGCCGAUGCAAUAAAAGAAAGCCGUAUGAAACAAACUAGACCACUUUAUAAGCAUCAAGAUUGGGUUGAACAUAGAAGCUCAUAUAGACAUAUUAGGCAUUUGUUGUCUAGUUUGAGUUCUAGGGUGAUUUUGUCAUUGGUGCCCCCAGUGACUGCCUUUACUGCGGUGGCUGUGGUGGUGGCGAGUUACAAUACUGCGGUGUUUUGGGAUUUGUUGCCCGAGUUUUUUCCGACUUUGAGAGCUUCUUCUUUGCCUUAUCAGUUGACUGCGCCUGCUUUGGCGCUUUUGUUGGUUUUUAGAACUGAAGCUUCUUAUUCGAGAUUUGAAGAGGGGAGGAAGGCUUGGACUAAAGUGAUUUCAGGGACUAAUGAUUUUGCUAGGCAAGUGAUUGUUAGUGUGGAGACUGAUUCCGUGUUGAAACUGGCGCUUUUGCAGUAUAUUUUGGCUUUCCCUGUUGCUCUUAAGUGCCAUUUGAUUCAUGGAUCUGACACAGGAAGAGACCUGAAGAAUCUCCUUGAGGAUGAUGAUCUAGCAGUAGUUCUCAAUUCAAAUCAUCGCCCACGUUGCCUUAUUCAGUUCAUCUCUCAAAGUCUCCAAUUGCUGAACUUGGAGUCACCAACAAGAACUACACUAGAAUCGAAAGUAACGUGCUUCCAUGAAGGUAUUUGUGUUUGUGAGCAAAUCACAAGCAUACCUAUCCCGCUUUCUUACACUCGUUUGACCUCAAGAUUUCUUGUUCUAUGGCACCUUACCCUUCCCAUAAUUCUAUGGGAUGAUUGCCACUGGAUUGUGGUUCCAGCAACUUUCAUCAGCGCUGCUUCUUUAUUCUGCAUUGAAGAGGUGGGUGUUCUCAUUGAAGAACCCUUCCCUAUGCUUGCUCUAGAUGAGCUGUGCAAAUUGGUUUACGACAAUGUCCAAGAAGCAUUAACCAGUGAGAAGACGAUUAAAGAAGUACUUGAAUUGAAAAAGGAGGAUCAUGCUGCUAGAAAGCAGUCGACAAACGGGUAUCCAAGUUCAGGAGGUGGCAAAAGUAUCUGGCCUAACAUAAAGAUCUGAUGCAUCUCAUAUUCUCAUAUGAUAGAAUUAUUCAAGAAAGUGGUGCAACAUGUAUGGUAAAAAGCAAUGGAUGAACAGUCACAAAUAGACCACAGGAAUACGAAAGUCACUGCUGUCAAUGUUAUACCAUAGAUUGUAUCUCCAAUCAUUAUAGCAUCUGUAAAUAUUUGUUCAUAUGAGGAAUAAUGUAACAAGUUAGCAAAAUACAUAUGCUCUUUAUCA